CCGCGCACUCAUCACUCCUCAGCGGUCGCGGACGGAAGGUUGUGUUGUUGAGUUUCUGAGCGUCAAUCUCAUGUGGCCUUGUCGCGAAAAUCCAGUUCAUACAUGUUUAUUCGGGUCCAGGAGAAUAUAUCCAAUAACACACUGAGUUACUAACGCUCAUGGACAUGGAAGCGGUGAACGCCUUUAACGGGGAGAUGUCGUCCAUGAUGGACAUGACUCCCCCAAUCUCUCGAGCCAAAAUGAUGUCUGUAACCAAAGCAGGAAUCAAAGCUAUCAAGCUUUACAAGCACGUUGUUCAAAUCGUGGAGAAGUUCAUCAAGAGGUGUAAACCAGACCUAAAGGUCGCUGGUCUGUAUGUGGUCGACUCAAUCAUCCGACAGUCCCGCCAUCAGUUCGGCACAGACAGAGAUUUGUUCGGUCCGAGGUUUCUGAAAAACUUCACACUUACUUUUCAGAACCUUUUCCAGUGCCCAGCUGACGAUACGGGGAAGAUACUGCGUGUGUUGAAUCUGUGGCAGAAGAAUGACGUGUUUAGCAUGGACAUCAUUCAGCCGCUGUUAGACAUGGCCACAGCCCCUGUACUACCUCUUGUGGAGAAUGGAAUCCCAGCUGCCGCGCCUCCAGCCGUGCCGGUGCCGGUGGCAGUGCCAGAGCCAGCGCCGGCAUCAGCUGUUGCUACGGCAGCGGCUCCACCCACCCUUCAGAACCCAGUGGCCCUCGCCGCAGUCGCCCAGCUCCUCCAGGGCACAGGGGGCGUCGAGCAGCUGCUCCAAACUCUCCAGCAGGCCGGAGGGGCGGGGCUUCCUCAGUCCACUGCCCCGCCCCCUGAGCAGAAAACAUCCUUAGCUAAGUCUCUGCUGGAUCGAUUCGAUUAUGAUGAUGACCCCGAGCCUGUGGAGGAGAAGACUGAACCAGCUCCUGCUGCUCCCAUUGCCAUAAACCUCCCCCCAGAAUUACAGCAAGCCCUGCAAGCUCAUCUUCUAAGCCAAAUUGUUAGCCAGACGCAGAUGCAGGGUCAGAUGAUGUCGCAGGGUCAAGUCCCGUCCCAGGGUCAGGUGGCACCUCAUGAGUUCCCAGUGAUAGUUCAGACCCAGAUACCAGAUAACACUCCUCACGUCUGUGAUGAGAGCAUCACACAGCCCAGUACAACUCAGCAGCUACAGCAGGUUUCAGCUGAGACCGAACGCUCAGUGCAUGAUGGAAGAGAUCGAAGACCCGGCAGACGGACGAGAUCAAGGUCUCCACGAAGACGAUCGUCAUCACGCUCACGGAGAUCGCGAUCCGGCUCACGUUCCCACCGAGAACGGUCGAGGCAUCACCGCACGCGCUCCCGAUCCAGAGAGCGCCGAGGCCAUUCCCCACGAGCGAGAUCUGAGGAGAGAAGAGACAGAGAGAAAGAGCGAGAGCGGCGACAGAAAGGACUUCCGCCUGUCAAGAAGGAAACUCUCAGUGUGUGCAGUACUACACUGUGGAUCGGACAGCUGGACAAAAAGACUCAGCAGCAGGACAUCAUGAGUCUGAUGGAGGAGUUUGGACAGAUCGAGUCCAUCAAUAUGAUUCCUCCCAGAGGUUGUGCCUACAUUGUCAUGGUGCACAGACAAGAUGCCAACAUGGCCCUGAAUAAACUCAGCAGAGGGGUUGUUAAAGUCAACCAGAAAACUAUUAAGAUCGCAUGGGCGUUGAAUAAGGGCGUAAAAACGGACUUGAAGAAGUUUUGGGACGUGGAGCGGGGCGUCACGUAUAUCCCAUGGGAUAAAGUGAAACCCAAUGAUAUUGGAAGUCUUCAGGAAGGAGGCAUGCUUGAUGCUGAAACACUCAAACAAGAGUGGAAAUGUGUUGUGGGCAAUCCAGCUGUGCCAGUAACAGGACCUGAAGGAAAACAGGAAGACGGAGCUGCACUACCAGCAGUAUCACAGAGCCCUUCACUGAAUGUUGUCCCAGGACCCUCUCCUAACAUGAGUUUACCACCUCCAGCCAUGAUCACAGGAGCCUCCCCUCCGUCGUUCCCUCCUCCUGGAUUCAACCCCUCGCAGAUGCCCGCAGGAUUCCCUCCUGCCGUCCCGGUGGCUUCUAUGAACCCCGCAGGUCCUCCUCCAUCCGUCACAGAAACCCCAACCGAAGAACCUUCAGAUGAAUCCUUCGAGGCUCCCAGGAGUCACAUGGACCCGACGGGAGCUCAAGCGCUCAGUCCGCCUCCUCUCAGGGGGAUUCUGGGGCCCAGACCGGGACCCCUACCACCACACCCCCCUUUGGGGCACCGCCCACCAUUCAUGCCCCCUUUCGCUAAUAACGGGCCCCGUCACAUCCUACCCCCUCCCAAUAUGGCCCCUCAAAUGAUGCCCCCUAGGGGCCCCAACCCCAUGUUCGGAGAACCCCCUGCAGGGCGAUUCCGGAUGCGCAUGAUGGGUCCUCCAGGACACGAUUUCCCCCGUCACAGGCUCCCGAUGGGUCCUAGAGGAGAGGAACCGCACUGGCGGGAUCAAGGACCCGAAAGGGCCCCAGACAGAUUUGGAAACGAGCCACCUUUUCAUCGGGGUGGAUGGGGAAGGGGGGGCCCUCGUGGACGAAGUCGCUUUGGGAACUGAGCUGCGUGUUUUUUUUUAGGCACUACUGGUUUCAGCUGCGGAAAACGGGACUGCGUCCCUGUGAAAUGGGAAUACGGAGAACAUACUCCAUGUAUUAUAUAAGGAGUCCACAUGAAAUCAACAGACACUGUUUCUAAAGUUCACAUCUCUGAAUAUGAGUGAUAGUGCUCAUGUUCGCUUAAUUAGGCGAGAAAGAUCCAGGGAUCAUAUAUUAUGAAAUUCCCAUCUCGCUCCAUGUGAAAUCUACGAGGUCUGUCAUUUUCAGACGUUACACUCACUACCACAGACUAAUAUUAGAGGUCUAGUGUAACUUGUUAAAUAUAAAUAGUAUAGUACAGUUUGCACAUUUCUCAAUUGUUCUAUGAAGAACCUUCUGUGGAAAAUGUUCAGCCCAUCUUCCGUUGUGUAUAUUACGAGGAAGUAUUUCCUUUAAAACUAUGUAGGCUUUCAGUGAGGAAGAAGAGUGAAACUAUAGUCAGAAGUCGAGCAUCAUCUUUGGCCAGUUAAUUUUACGAAGCUAUUUUUUUACCAAUCAAUCUUGUUUUCUUUUUCUGUCUUAAUAGUUUGUAUUAACAUGCUAAAACGAACACGAGUAAAUGUUGUGGCUACUUAAA